CUUGAGCUUUUUGGUCUGCUGGAUCCAUCUGGAGGCUACCAGGAACAGAUCAGACCCAUUAUAUGCAGAGGUGGAGUUGAGUCUUUGGAUGAAAAAAUGGUGACCAUGCUGAAAUCAGAGAAAGUUUAAAAGUAGGACAGCAUGUUACGAGAUAAGAAUUUGGUCUGUGUUGGAGAUUUUGAACGUUAUGGUGAAAGCAUUCUGCCAAAGAAUGCCUUGGAUUACUACCGAAGUGGUGCUGGUGAUGAAUUCACACUAGCCCUCAACAGAGAUGCAUUUCGAAGGUUGAGGAUUCGUCCGCGGAUUAUGCGUGAUGUAUCUUGUCGAGACCAGUCGACCACAGUGCUGGGAACAAAAGUGGCGAUGCCAAUAGGAAUAGCUCCAACAGCCAUGCAACGGAUGGCACAUCCUGAUGGAGAAUGUGGUAAUGCAAGAGCUGUUGGUGCAAUGGGAGGAGUCUUCAUCUUGAGCACAUUGUCUACCAGUAGUAUAGAGGAAGUGGGAGCAGCUGCACCAAACACUGUCAAGUGGUUCCAACUGUACAUCUACAAUGACAGAGAUGUGACACGUAAACUUGUGAAGCGAGCAGAACAAACCAACUUCAGAGCACUGGUUUUGACUGUUGAUGCUCCAGUGUUUGGAAUUCGCAUUGCAGACAUCAGGAAUAAGUUUACACUUCCACCACAUCUCAGUCUGGCAAAUUUUGAAGGCAUCAAAGCAACUGGUGUAAAAUCUGAAUCUGAUUCGGGUAUUAAUGAAUACGUUAAGAAGCUAUUCGACCAGUCUGUGACCUGGGAUGAUGUUAGAUGGCUAAAAAGCAUCACUCAACUGCCUCUGAUUCUGAAAGGUAUCCUAACAGCAGAUGAUGCUGCAAUUGCUGCAGGUCUGGGUGUAGCUGCCAUAUUGGUAUCAAACCAUGGUGCUCGCCAAGUGGAUUUUACUCCAGCUUCGAUUGAAGUACUGCCAGAGAUUGUGAAAGCAGUAAAUGGACAAUGUGAAGUUUACUUGGAUGGAGGAAUAAGGCAGGGAACAGAUGUGUUCAAAGCUUUGGCACUGGGAGCAAAAAUGGUUUUCAUGGGACGUCCUGCUCUGUGGGGCUUGGCCUGUGGUGGAGAGGAUGGAGUAAAAUCCAUCCUCAGUAUCAUUAAAAAUGAGCUGGACUCUGUCAUGGGUCUUACUGGUUGUGCAACUUUGGAAGAUAUAAAAAAAGAGAUGGUUGUUCAUGAAUCACACUAUAGUCACCUUUAGGUGCAAAUCUUGACAACCUCCUAACACCAUCAGUGAUUCUCAGUCCCUGAGGACAAGUGAAGUCACAGAACACAUUUCAUUAUAUUCUAAAGUAGAAGUGUUAAUUUGUUUAAUGCAUAAACAUAUGAACUGAUAAUUUGGUGAAGGCAUACAAUUAUGAGCACAGUUAUAAAAUCCAAUUAAUUGAAUCAAGUAA